AUGAUAAUUAGCAAAUAUUUAAAUGAAAAUAAUUUACCUAAAUUUUUUUAUAUAGAAAAUCAAGCUUUAAAAGGCCAUGAUAAUUGUGGAUCUAGAGGUCAUGGUAGAGGUCGUGAUAGAGAUUAUAGUAGUGGUUGUAGUGAAAGUUAUUAUAAUAAAGAUCAUAAUGGUAAACCAAGUAAUCUUGUGUUUCUAAUUUUCUAA